UCACUUAGCUUGAAUCGCCACCCGGCAAAAGGCAAGUUACAGAAAAAAGAAGAAAGUGACGUUACAAUUGUUGACGUUUCAAAUUUGAGUUGGACAUUGAGGUUAAGAUCAUAAAUUUUUAAAAUGGCAAAAAGUCAAAAUAAUUUACUGGAAUUAGAUAUAGAAAAGUUGUUUGAAGAUCGUAAUAUAGACGAAAUAGUUGAAAUUGAAAAAAAACUAGAUGCAGAAAUUGAACGGCAACGAAAAGAUUUGAGGUCAAUGGUUGGCGAUCGUUACAAAGAUGUAUUGGCUGCUUCAGAUGCUAUAAAAUCAAUGAAAGCGAUAUCACAAGAAAUUGUAGAUGGUAUUGAUCACAUUACCAGUAAUUGUGAAGACCUAACACAUAGUAUUGCCAAUAUUGAGAAAAAAACUAAUUUUGCAAUAGAAAGCAAAAAAAUUGAAGAAAGGACAAUUAUUAGUCAAAUUAGACUAGCUAUUUUUAUAAACGAACAAAUUUGGGUUGCUCUUGAUGAGGAAAAUAAUUUAGAUGCUGCACAAUAUUACUUACUAGCUCAACACAUACACACAGGUCUUAGUCUUUCCAAAAAAGAAUAUAUUAAUAAAAUACCUCUUCUUCAACAUACUAAAUCUAAUUUACUUGUUUUGAAAUCAAAAAUAUUUCAAAAAAUUACCGAAAAAUUAGAAUCAGUUGAAACAUCCGCCCAAGAAACUAGUCAAAACCUGAAUGCAUUAUUUUUGCUAGAGAAUCAAGGUAGCAAAGAUUUAAUUAGCAUUUUUAUUGAACAUCGUAAAACAGCUUUGAAUACUGUGAUUAAUUCUCCAUAUUCAAGUGUAAGAGCUCAAAUAUGCUCUAUGGUUAAGUGUCUUAUGACUACAGUUCGUCUUCUCCAUGAUUGUUUCAUGAGUGAUCAGAAUGGUUACAGAGGUCUAAUUUGGCAACAACUACAAGAAAUUAUUAGUAGUUCAGCGCCUACAACAUUAUCAAAAUUAGAUUUACCUGUAACUCCCCUGAUAUCUUAUUUGCCAGAUAUUAUUAAAAAAUUUAGACCAACUUGUAAAUUUACCAACCAAACUGAAACCUCUUCAAAAAAUGCAGAAAAUAUUCUAAAAGAAUGGUUGGAAGCCACUAGAAAUACAGUUGAACAAGGAUUAGAAAAAUCACUUGAAUUAAUACCAAAUGUAAAAGGUCUACACUUAACAAGAGAAGAAUCACUCAAAAUUGAACCACCUGGAAAUUGGGAACAAAUAUGCAAAGAAUCGCAUUUACCAGAAAAUUUUGACAUUUGGUACUAUUUUUUCCAAAAUUUGAUCACACUAAGAUGUCAAAAUUUAAUCUCCAAAAAAAUGGCAUCUAACAUGAAGGAAAUUCAAAAUGAGAUGAAACAAAUUUUAGAAUUGAUUACCAAAUCUGAUAAGUCUGAGGCAGAUUUAAGGUGGUACACUUGGAAUGAAGACAUAGAGGAUGUCAGCAAAACUGAAAAUACACAUUUAGGACUUUCAAUGAAAACCAAAGGAUAUUCACAGAAUAUAGUUGAACUAUGUGAUACAUUGGACAAAAAAUACCUAGAACUUCUUGAGGAUGCAUCGCAGUAUUUAUAUGGCAAGGAAUAUUGUUCUAAUUUAAAUUACAUGGUAGUAUUUAAAGAUUACAAAUUCAAAAGGAAAUAUAUGGAUAAAACUGAAAUUGCAAACCAUAUUCAGUUAGAAUGUAGCAAAACGUGUGUAGAGUUAUCAGAUUAUUGUAGGGGCCUUCUAAAUGAAAAAUCAGAUCAUUUUGUCACAAAAUCAGUUACAUUGGCUAGGUUUCUGCAAGCAAUAACACAAUUAUGUCCACAUUUUCAUAGGUGCUGUACAUUUAGUAAUUCAACUGAUGAUUGGAUUAAAAUCUGUGAUACAUUUAACAAUACCAGUCAAAAUUUGUGGAUUAAUUGGAUAAAUCAUGUGGUCAAUGAAACAAAAAAGCAUUGUCAGGAAUUGGAUGACCUUUCCCUUAAAAAGAUGCUCAAAAUUUUUAUGAAAUGGGAUGAAAUUGAAAUUCAAGAACAAACUGAUGAGAAAGUGUUCAAAUCUCAGAUACAAGUGCCAUUAAAACCAAGCCUAAUAUUGAACGAAAUACUAGAUAAGCUUAAUAUCUCGAUUGGCCUCAAAAUACCCCAUACCAUUCCAAAACAGAUUCACUUACAAUUCAUUGAGAAAAAUACAAUGGUCAUAUUUGAUCAGUAUACAAAGCUGUCAGAUAAACAGCUCAGCCAAAAACAAGCUUUGCAGUUUUUAUUCGACGUUAAGUAUUUAACCACGUUUUGCAUUCCAAGAGAAAAUGUUCAACUCGUUACUUAUUCCCAAGAAAUCUGUGAUAAAUUUAGGAGUAAGAUAGAUCCAUUCGAUUUAGAUGUAUUUUAUUCGUAUUUGCAAAAUAACGUUAAAAAGGCAGUUAUUCAAUCCCAAGUUAUUUUAGGAUGCUUAUUGCCAUCUCCAAAUCAAUUAGCUAGUUUAGGAAUAUCUGAAAAAUUCAAGGAACAGGACCAGAAUCCUAAUAUUUUAGCUUUGAGUUCUCCUUCAAUUGCAACAUGGUUUCCUUUAUUACCUGUAUCAGCUCCAUCACAAAGAGUACCAGGAUCAUCAAAUAAACCUAAGGAUUCGCCCAAAUCUAAAAUAACUCCGAAGAAAAUACAAGACCCAACCAGCAUCAUGAAACAAAGUGCAGCUUCCAUCUUCGGAGGCCUGGCUACAGAUUGGUUUUCAUAACAUAACAUAACAUUUUUCCUCGGUUUAUCUCAUUUAAAUCAAUGUUAUUGUAUAUAAAAAGUUACCUAGUUUUGUGUAAAAGUUUUUACUUGUACAGUAUAUAUUUAUUCCUAAGGAUAAAAGUUUUUUUGGAAGUUAUUUUCAAUAAACGAGACAUAUAUAAAUAAAUCUGAUUUAUUAUUAUCACAGGCUAGUCAUAUAAAUAUUAAAAUAGUAAUAUACUUAUCAAUUUACAGUGAUAAUCACAAAAAGCUACUUUAAAUUUCAAGUGACAAUAAUGACAAUAAUGGAGAAAAACAAAAACUAUUCUAGAAGGACGGCAGAAAACAUUGAAAAAUUAUAAAUAGUACAUACAUAAUAAUAAUACAUUACAUAAAAAAUUAUAAUUA